AUGGCAAAGCAGUCGAACAGAAAGUCAGGCCCACCGGAGCUUCGUGCAUGUGCAGAAUGCCGGAAACGAAAGAGCAAGUGCUCGGGUGCUGCUCCAUGCUCAUACUGCUCUCGCACCAAGAAACGAUGUCGCUUCGACCGCGUACCGUCACGUACCCCUUUGACUCGGAAAAACCUCGAUGAAAAAGAGCGGCUUUGCGCAAAUCUGGUCGCCCUCAUCCACAGAUUAAAUCCGAAUGUCGAUAUCGGAGAAGCAGUGAAGACAUUGUCAGCGUCCGACGAAGGAAGCAAUGACAAUGAACCAGGCCCUGCGCUACCGAGCCUGGACCCAACAAGGGGAAGCCCUACCCCUUCAGGAAACUUUGAAUGGAAUGAAACUCCAUCGUCCUCAACUCAUCUUCCUGAUAGGUCUCUCGACGGAAUGGCAUCACUUCCAACAGGGAGAUCGGAAUCCGGUUACCUAGGAAACAGCUCUGGGUCCUGUAUACUGAAGACCAUCUCGGAUUUGCUCCCCGAGCACACUACUCCCCAGGCUGCACGGAGAGAACGACUUCCUGCAGAUUUGCACCACAUAGAAAGUCCUUCUUUGUCAGCAGAGCUGGGCAAUACCGCCCUCCUGGAUCGUCUCAUCGAUGCCUACUUCGUAUGUUAUAAUUCAUCGUUUCCCAUUCUGCAUGAGUGGAUUUUCAGACAGAAAUACCGAAACAGAGAUCAUAUUCCGGACGGCUCUACUUGGCACAUGAUAUUCUACCUUGUUCUGGCAAUCGGAGACUGGACACUCUCUGGUGGCUCGAAGGUUGAGCAAUCCAAAUAUUACAUGGCUGCACGAUCCCGCAUGUCAAUACAUCUGCUGGAAUCAGGGUCACUUCUCACGGUUCAAGCCUUCCUUUUGAUGGGGAACUUCCUCCAGAAACGGGAUCGGCCAAAUACAGGGUACAACUUCAUCGGAAUCGCAUAUCGAAUGGCCCUAGGACUUGGACUGCACCGCGAACCGCCUAUAGAAACAACGGGAGAUACUCUAGCGAAUGAAAGACGAAGGGCUGUAUGGUGGAUUCUAUAUUCGUUCGAUAGUGGAUUCAGCCUGACAACAGGGAGGCCUCUCAUGUCAUCAGACUGCUUCAUCGAAACCCGGCUUCCACAAAACAUUGAGGAUUCGGGAUGUAGGCUGGAUUCCACGCUCCCCGAUGCUGUAGACAUUCCAACAACCUACUCCGCCAUCAUCGCACUAGCUCGAUUAGCACGUACCGGAAACAUGGUCUACCUCAACGUGAUAGCAGCCCCAAAGAAAGAUCUAAACCUGAAAGUCUCGCGCUCGCUCGAUCAUCAACUCAAAGCAUGGCGACUAUCCCUACCGGUCUACUUCACCGCACACGAUGUCCCAACCUGGUUUCGCGGACCCCGAGCAGUAGUAGGAUGGAAAGAGCAAAACCUACGCAUGAUGCUAUGGUGGGGAACCCACCGCCUCUGCAUCUCUCCUUCCGACACCGAAGAAGCCCAAAACAUGUGUCACUACGCCGCCAUCGAAUGCAUCCAGGACAUAACCACCUUCUGCAUCGACUACCCAGAUACCCUUCACAACGGUCUAACCUGGUACGCGACAUACUUUCUCUUCCAAGCCUCCGUCGUUCUCAGCAUCCACUACCUCCGCCCACAUCAACCCCUAGACACCAACCUAGCCGCAGCCAACCAAGAGCUCUGGCUCUUCUCCAUCUCCCGAGCCCGCGACUGUCUCGCCAAUCUCAGUCAAGCAAACCAAGCCGCAGCACGAUGUCUGGAAGUCCUCGACCGGAUCCGAGAUCAAUCACAAGCCACGCCCACCCCCGGGGCGGAAGCUUCGGCAAUGUAUGACGCUGAUGCUGCGCAAUUACCAACCAUUCAUGAUGCAGCGGGUAUGCGACAAGCCAUGCUUCCCGUUGACCCUUCCCUUCAGAUGUUCUUUGAUGCCACCUCGUGGAAUAAAGAUAUCUUUGAAGGCCUUCAGGGCUUCCCCAUCACCGAUGAAGUGGAAUCGUUUGAUUAUGUCUCGGGAACGGCUUUUGCUGCGGAUAUUGCGGAGGAUUGGGCGAUGCCCAUGGAUCCGAGUUUGGAAGCCAGCUGA